AUGUCUAGCGUUUCAAUGCAGUGCUCGGUGCGGAGGUCAAUGGCCCUUGAGUGGGCUGGGUCCCUGCUGGCGGCCUGCUCAAGCGCAAUGUCUCCGUUCGUUGCUGCCAUCUUUUUGCUUGGCAUUUGCCUUGCCAAUGCUGUCAACUUCACAACCGUCUACGAGUGGGAAACAUUCGAUUUCAUCUGGCCAUCAGGAACUGAUAGUUCAAUUGAAGAGAUGAAAGAGGACUACAAGCGAGGCAAUGCUUAUCUUAACUACAUGGCUGUUUUUGGAGACAGGCUGUUUCUAAGUCUUGAUACGAAUUACGGAGUUCCCGCCACUUUGGUGUGGCUGCCAACGAGCGGCUCUUCGACUGCACCUCCAAAACUUGCUCCUUUCCCAUCCUGGCAUUUACAUAAAAAAGAAAACUGCAAUUCUAUUCAGAGGGCCUACGGUAUUGACACGGACACUGAUGGACGGUUGUGGGUCGUUGAUCAAGGAAGUAUUAAUUGUCCAGGCAAGAUUUGGAUAUUCAAUCUGCUUAACAACGACCAAACCGAGCGCGAGCACCAGUUCCCGGACGCAGUCGUCUCUCAUUCAAAAGAUAAAAGGGCCCUGCGUGAUAUGGUGCUCGACAAAACAACAGACGAUUAUCUUGCGUACAUCACGGACGUUUGGUCUGAGCACAUAAUCGUGUACAGCCGAAAAAUGGACAAAUCCUGGUCAGUUAAAACACCAGAGAUAAAAUGGUUUUCCUUGGCCCUCUCUCAUCCUAUCAGGGAAGCGAGACAGUUGUACCUUGCAAGAUUUGGUUCCAAUAAACUGUAUUCGGUGUUUGUGUCUGAGCUGAAGAAUGAAGGCGGAAGCGCUGCUGUCAAAUUCAUCGGCAAAUGGACAGAAUAUAACCCUUACAGAAUGGUAAUCGACAGUGGCAAUGUCUUGUAUGCCACCUUUUGGACCCAGAAUUACCUCUCCAAAUGGAAUAUUUCGGAGCCCUUUAAUGAGCAGUGGUUUUAUGAGGUUGGAAGACGGCGUGGUGCUCAUAGGCCAUUUACUUUUGCCUUUGACACGAACGGCAUUUUAUGGAUGACGCAGAGAGAUGAAUCUGAGGGUUGGUCUAAGGCUUGGCAUAAACUAGUCAAGGCUGCAGUCGGCGCAUGAUCGUAUUUAUUCGGCACGUCCACAGUUCCAUAGCCAACUCGAACAACUCUGCAUGAAACCACAGAAAUACAAAAGAAAACCACAGCAUCAACCACUACUUCAUCCACUCGUUAUCGAUCUACUCCUCCUCCUCCCUCUUUAACCUCUAGAAAAACGCAGACUACUCCUAAAUCUGAGGUCACAGAGUCCAUUUCUUCGGAAGACCAAAUAGUGACCACAGAGUUUAACCUUUCUCCCAUUCCCGAUCGUUCCACCACAACCAUGACUACGCCUCCAGCACAAGGAACAACAUCAGUGACCACGUCUCCUCGUCGGAUUCCUGUUCCUGAGACCACGAUGAGUCUUCCCACACAAGCACCGAAUGGGCAGAUUUUCACCACGGCUUCUAGCCAGCCUUCGUCUGCCCUUCCCUUGAAUGAACGUCAGAACGAAAACUCGGGACGUAAGCCAACAGAGUCGGUGCAAUAUCUUGAGGUGUUGCCUAACAGUGGCUAAACUCGGCUUAUAAUUUACUAUAUUGUUUUCUCAUUUAGCAUAAAUAUCUUUUAGCAUACAGUUGUCUACUGAGACUUAUAUUAAACAAUUUGUGUUGUGUUUUAAAAAUAAAUACAAUAGAGUUGAACAUAAUCGAUAUUUCGCUUUUUAACAGAAUUAUCUUUUAUUUGUAAGAAUGCUUAGAGGUUAAUAAA